AGUGUUAGAAUGCGUCCUUCGGAAGAGUUCUCCAAAGUUAUACGAGUUGGAAGGAUCUGUUCUGCUGUUUGUGGAGCUGAUGUAUUUGACCCAAAAUACAAAUUCAACAACGUUACUAGGGCUGUGGUCUUUUGCAUUGUCGUGUAUUUUAUAUUUUCGGUUUACACAGUCCAGCUUAAAAUAUCCGAAAAUUGGACUGUUGCAUUGGAGGCUUUUUGCAUGGUUGGAAGUGUCCUGCAGGGAAUUUCAAAACUUGUAUCUGGGAUUGCUUAUAAAAAUAAAUAUCAAGAAGCCCAAAAAUUUCUCGAUAGUAUCUAUUUGAAAUAUGAAGAAAAAGGAGACGAUUAUGUAAAAGCCCUAGAAAAAUGCAUUUCCAGGACUCGAGUGGUUCUUAAAAGUGUAGCUUUGCUGUAUUUUUUUGUUGUUGCUUCGUUAAUUUCAGUUCCAAUUGCCAUUUGGAUCUUUACCGGGAAGCGCCUUUUGGUUAUGCAAUUCUAUCUGCCGUAUUUAGACACAAAAACGACUCAUGGGUAUCUUGCAACAAUUGGAAUGCAGUCAACAUGUUUAGUUUUUGGAGCAUUUGGUAACUUUGCUGGAGAUUUGUUUCUGUUGGUGUACUUUGGUCAUGCAAAUGUACUGGUUGAUAUCUUUGUGUUAAAAGGAAAGGAGCUAAGUGAAAUGGCUACUGAUUUUGGAAGUCCAAAAGUGCAGUAUAAGCUUAAUGAAGUAAUUAAAUGGCAUCAAACUUAUUCAAGUUUCAUUGCAAAAAUUGACAGUAUAUACUAUUGGUCAAAUUUUACUCAGAUCACAACUUCAGGGCUAUCUAUUGUUCUAACUUUGGUCAUAAUGUUUGUCGGAGAUUGGCCUGGAGCUUACUCAUAUCUAACAAUAUCAUUUGUCAUGUUGUAUUUGUAUUGUGGUAUGGGAACUUUAGUCGAAAUUGCUAAUGAUAGGAUCUUAAAUGAAAUAUAUGAGAUUCAUUGGUACAUUUUGACAGUUCCACAACAAAAAUGUAUCCGCUACAUGCUGAUGAAAGCUCAGUCACCCAUAGAAAUAACCGUGGGAGGUGUUGCUCCACUUUCAGUUAAUACAGGAUUACAGGUUACCAAAACAGUUUACAGUGUUUUUAUGAUGCUUCUGAACUUUUUUGAUGAGUAGAUACAAGAAUAAAAACAAAAUGCAAACAAAUUUUAAUGGAAA